UUAAAUGUGUUGAGUUUGAAAACGCAGCAUGUUUUCAUCUGUUUGAUUUGUUAAGAUUAUUUGUAGUCGGGCGCACGGAAACAUUUUCUCCCGACCGCUAGGGAACAGUGUUGACAGUGAAACAGAAACUUCCUCGAGACGCCACAAGAAAUUCUCAGUACUAUUGUUCCCCAGCUUGACAUAUGCCAAAAUAUUGGUUAAGGAAAACAUCCCAAAAGCAGGAAGAAUGAUCUGUUUUCUUCAGAAAUACAUAUCUGGCUGGCUGUAAAAUGUUGAUGUUGAGGGAACAGAGUGGCUCCUCUACAGCUGAUGUCUGAUAUUGAUUCAUCUGAUCCUCAGUCGGGCCCGUCCGGCCUCAAACCAGCGACUCUUCAGGAGCAAACUGAUUAGUUAGAGGAAGAUCCUUUUAAAAAGAUUUGUUAAAAUAUAUCUUCAGAGAAAUGCUGAGUGAAUCACAGGCACAAGAGCUCAGAGCACUGUAAAAAUAACUAUGUGAUCAACACCACGAUGAAGUCGUCAAACCAGCGACCUGGGCCCGUUCAGACUGAUCCUGAGUCACCUGAAGAAAAACAAAUCAAAGUGAAGAAGAAGAAGAAAGCCUUCUGUUCAUUCUUCAGAGAAACAUGGUAGACUAUGAAACCAAAAAGCACAGCAAGGUGGAUUCACUUCCUCCAGAGCCCCACACAGAUUCAGCUGAUCUUCAGCCCGGUCUGCGACUCUUCAGGAGCAAACUGAUCCGUUAGAGGAAGAUCAGUUCAUCCCCAUCCUUUAGUAUUCACAGCCCUCUUAAAAAGAUUUUUGAAAUUAGGGCUGUCAGUUUAACACGUUAACCUAAUUAAUUAGUUAUGAAAAAUAAUGUGAUUAAAAUAUUUAGAUGCAGUUAACACACUGUCCCCACACCCAGACCUGUAAGUCAUCUUAUAUUUCAUAUAGUUGACUUGACAAAUAUGAUGCAGGGCAACAUCUCCACAAAUGCAGUUAUGCCCUAAAAUUCAAGAUAUUGGUGCAAAAAAAUGCCCCUGUGUGUUUUGUCUCAUAUUUAUAUAUAUCACAUAACACACAAUAUCAUAAUGUGGACGUCAGCCCUUCACAGAUCAACAUGACGGCUUGAGUUUUGACUCCAGAGUGUCCACAGGUGUAUGUAUGCACACUACUGUAUCUAUUAGGGAUGUCACAAUACUCAAUAUAAUAUUGAACCAUUCGGUUCACGCUUUCGAAUUGCAGUUUUUCGGUUUUGCAUUUAAAUAACUUAAUUGUUUUAUUUCUCUCAGAAUUUGAUGUAUGUGUGCCCACGAUUUCACGUGCUGAAAUGAGGAAACGCUUCCCCGCUUAUGUUUGAAAAAGCAACACACGCAGAGCAUAUUCCAAUCUAAUGACAUGCAAUGAUUAAGCUUCCAUGUCCAGUCAAGCUUCCAAGUCCAACAACGUCAAGGUGGUCGUUCCUGAGUCAAGCAACGUCACAGCCGUGGUUCCUGAGUCAAGUAAAGUCAUUGAUCUUCACAAGCCAGUUCAAGUCACCGCUGAUCUCCAUGAGUCAAAUCAGGCCACAACUGAUCCUCAUGAGCCAAGUCAAGUUAUUGCUAACGGCCCAGAGCCUUGUCACGUCUCGUCAGACCGCCCAGAGUCGAGUCACGUCUCGUCUGACCGCCCAGAGUCAAGUCACGUCUCGUCUGACCGCCCAGAGUCAAGUCACAUCUCAGCUGACCACCAAGAGCUUCAUCAUGUUUCAGCUGAACCCGCAGAACCCACAUUUCCAGGCCACAAGUCCACAGCAUCCACACCCUCAAAGCCAACAGACAUCCCACUAUCUACUGUGGCUCUUCCCUUAAUGGCGGUUGCCAUUUGGUGCGUAUGGGCAGCACACUGCGCUCCUGAGGCCACGUCUGUUCACAAGUCAGCUCCUGAGGUCACGUCUGUUCACAAGUCAGCUCCUGAGGUCACGUCUGUUCACAAGUCUGCUCCAGAGCUCCUAUCUGAUCACAAGCCUGCUCCAGAGCUCCCGUCUGGUCUCAAGUCUGCCCUAGAGGACCCGUCUGGUCUCAAGUCUGCCCCAGAGGUCCCGACUGGUCUCGAGUCUGCUCCAGAGGUCCCGUCUGGUCCCAAAUCAGCUCCAGAGGCCUUCCCCGUCGGAGAAGCUGCGCCAGUGCCUCCAGAGGUGUCAGCGCCAGCUGUAGAACCUCUUAUGGAGGGGGCGUUAACCUUCAAACUCUCUGCUUCUCCCUUUAUUCUGUCUGCCUCCUCUGUCCCUGUUCUCCCCAGGUCCCAAUCCAUGAUGCGGGCUCCUGCUCCGCCCUGGAGGGCUCCCACGCCUCCUGCUCCGCCCUGGAGGGCUCCUGCGCCUCCUGCUCUGCCUCCGGCUCUGCCCUGGAGGGCUCCGGUGCCUCCUGCUCCGCCUCCGGCUCCGCCCUGGAAGGCUUCCGCCAUGCCGGUUCUGCCUCAGUCUCCAGGCCCUCCCACCGCUCCCCAGGACUGUUUCUCGGUUAGAGCGUCUGGAAGCCGCUCUUUGGAGGGGGGCUAUGUUACGAAUCUGGUCGGUGUUCCGCGAUCCGCUCACCGCCAGAUGUCGCUCUCACCUUAUUCACACACUCUUACUGUUGCACCACACCCCGGACUACAACUCCCAUCACCCAUCGCACCGAUUGCGUUGCCUCCUGUAGCCAAUCAGGCGCACUAUAAAAGCCCCGGACUUUCCCCAUGCAAGCCAUGGAUUGUUGUUGUUCCUAUUAUUGUUGUUAGCGUUCCCUUGUUUCCAAAUUCCUAGUUCCCUGUGUUUAGUUCCCUCGCCUGGCCAUCUCGUCUUGACUGUCUCGCCGCCUGCCUACUGGACUCUUGCUCUUGUUAUCGCAUUAUUCUCCUCGUCUUGCCUGUGAUUUACCUGUUUGCUCCUGUUUCGACCCUGUCUGUACGACCAUGUCUUUGCCUCGUCUCUUUAAUAAAAGCUCGCAAUUGGAUCCGCUCGCCUCUCGUCUUUCACUCUCCAUUACACCUACACUGGCUCCCAGUUAUAUUUAGAGUUGAUUUUAAAGUACUUUUACUCAUUUAUAAAUCACUCAAUGGUCUAGGACCUAAAUACAUUGCAGAUAUGCUCACUGAAUAUAAACCUAACAGACCACUCAGAUCAUUAGGAACGAAUCAGUUAGAAAUACC